UAGAAGCCCAACUCGCCCAUGCGAUAGUAUCGCAUGAAAACUAUCUUCCCUGACCUGCAACGUUUGCACUUAAAAUUCUGUAAUAGUUCGUAGUUUUGGUUUCUACAGUUUGUACGUUUGUAUAAAUUGUUUCUAAAGUGAGUGCUUCCAUUUGUUAAGCCUCUUAAACUCUUCUCGCGAAUUUGUUUACUUUCGCGUGAAUAUUUUGCCCGCCGCCAGCACGAAGUGUGUCACGACUAGCUGUCAAUUUGUGACGUGGCCUGGCGACCGAUUUUUCCAAUUGGCAGAGGUUUAACAGAGGUUUUUCCUAUUUAAGAAGGACAUUUAAGUGUUGCGGCGAUGACCACCUACGAGGAGUUCAUCCAGCAGAACGAGGACCGCGACGGUGUGCGUCUGACGUGGAAUGUGUGGCCCUCAAGCCGCAUCGAAGCCAGUCGGCUGGUGGUGCCCCUAGCUUGUCUUUACCAGCCUUUGAAGGAGCGCCCCGACCUGCCGCCUAUUCAGUAUGAGCCGGUCUUGUGCACCCGUAGCAACUGCAGGGCCAUCCUGAAUCCUCUGUGCCAGGUGGACUACCGUGCCAAGUUGUGGGUGUGCAACUUCUGUUUUCAGCGCAAUCCGUUUCCCCCUCAAUAUGCAGCCAUAUCCGAGCAACACCAACCAGCGGAGCUGAUUCCUGGAUUCAGUACUAUUGAGUAUACCAUUACCCGGGCCCCCACCAUGCCGCCCGUCUUCAUUUUCCUGGUUGACACCUGCAUGGACGAGGACGAGCUGGACGCCUUGAAGGAUUCAUUGCAAAUGUCGCUAAGUCUGCUGCCAUCCAACGCUCUCGUGGGUUUGAUAACCUUCGGAAAAAUGAUACAGGUGCACGAGCUUGGCGCCGAGGGGUGCUCUAAAAGCUACGUGUUCCGCGGCACCAAGGACCUGACUGCCAAGCAGGUGCAGGAUAUGCUCGGAAUCGGGCGUGGAGGGGCUCCGGGGCCGCAGCAACAGCAGCAGCUGCCUGGCCAGCCGGCUGGAGCGGCGGCCCCUGUGCCGCCCGCACAUCGCUUCUUGCAGCCGAUCGGCCAGUGCGACGCGGCGCUGGGCGAUCUGCUUAGUGAGUUGCAGCGCGAUCCUUGGCCGGUGCCGCAGGGCAAGCGUUACCUGCGCUCCACUGGCGCUGCUCUCUCUAUUGCGGUUGGUCUGUUGGAGUGCACCUACCCCAAUACGGGCGGUCGCAUCAUGACAUUUGUGGGUGGCCCUUGCUCCCAGGGCCCCGGCCAGGUGGUCGACGACGAGCUGAAGCACCCGAUCCGUUCGCAUCACGACAUCCAUAAAGACAACGUGCGGUUUAUGAAGAAGGCGAUCAAACACUAUGAUGCCUUGGCCUUGCGGGCAGCCACCAACGGGCAUAGUGUCGACAUAUACUCGUGUGCUCUGGAUCAAACCGGCCUGCUGGAAAUGAAGCAGCUAUGCAACUCCACUGGCGGCCACAUGGUCAUGGGGGAUUCGUUCAACUCAUCGCUCUUCAAGCAGACAUUUCAACGCGUGUUCGCACGUGAUGGCCGCAACGACUUGAAGAUGGCCUUCAAUGCAACGCUGGAGGUGAAGUGCUCGCGCGAGCUGAAGAUCUCCGGUGGGAUCGGCUCGUGUGUGUCGCUGAAUGUGAAGAGCCCGUCGGUGUCGGAUGUGGAGAUCGGCAUGGGCAACACGGUGCAGUGGAAGCUGUGCACACUGAAUCCCAGCUCCACGGUGGCUUACUUCUUUGAGGUGGUCAACCAGCAUGCAGCCCCCAUUCCGCAGGGCGGGCGUGGCUGCAUACAGUUCAUUACGCAGUACCAGCACCCAAGUGGACAGCGUCGAAUCCGCGUUACCACACUGGCAAGAAAUUGGGCCGAUGCCACCUCGAACGUGCACCACAUCAGCGCCGGCUUCGAUCAGGAGGCUGCCGCCGUUCUGAUGGCUCGAAUGGUCGUCUAUCGCGCGGAGACUGACGAAGGACCAGAUAUUCUGCGCUGGGUCGAUCGUCAGUUGAUUCGUCUGUGCCAAAAGUUCGGCGAGUACUCAAAGGACGAUCCCAACAGCUUUAGGCUGUCGCAGAACUUCAGCCUUUUCCCGCAAUUCAUGUACCACCUGCGCCGCUCGCAGUUCCUGCAGGUCUUCAACAACUCGCCCGACGAGACCACAUUCUAUCGACACAUGCUGAUGCGCGAGGACCUCACCCAAUCGCUGAUUAUGAUCCAGCCGAUUCUCUACAGCUACUCUUUCAACGGCCCUCCAGAACCGGUCCUACUCGAUACGGCUUCGAUCCAGGCGGAUCGCAUCCUCCUGAUGGACACGUUCUUUCAGAUUCUGAUAUACCACGGCGAGACUAUCGCCCAGUGGCGAGCCCUAAAAUACCAGGAUAUGCCCGAGUAUGAGAACUUCAAGCAGCUGCUCCAAGCGCCGGUGGACGAUGCGCAAGAGAUUCUCCAGACGCGCUUCCCCAUGCCUCGCUACAUCGAUACGGAGCACGGCGGAUCCCAGGCCCGCUUCCUGCUGUCCAAGGUUAACCCCUCGCAGACGCACAACAACAUGUACGCCUACGGGCAGGAUGGCGGUGCUCCAGUGCUCACGGAUGACGUUUCGCUACAACUGUUUAUGGAGCACCUUAAGAAGCUGGCUGUGUCCACCACCACAUAAAUCGACUCUGGCUCUAGUUUCAGGCGCUUUCUUUUCUGGCGAAGUCAGCGAAGGCGUCUCCUGGAAUCUGUGGUCCAGGAAAUGCAAUUACAAAUAUACAUCCACUUAUUCCAAUUGAUCGUCUGAUAACGCAAUAAACUAUUCAAAUUAUGCUAA